UGAAUGUUAGCAUCCGCGAGGAAACACAAACCACACCAGUGUUAUUUGACAUGGGCUCCUAACAUUCCAACGUCGUAAUGCGCAUGCGUCACUGUCAGGGCGAAAUGGCAUGCGCUCAUAGACAAACAUGAUUUGUACCCUGUUGUUUUAUGUGCUCUACCGGUUGACGUGGUAUCUGAUCAGUCGACGCCCAGAGGCCUCAAAGAACAGUCCCCCUCCUGCAAUGGUUAAUGGUGCUGCAGAGUGGAAUGGUGGUGCUUUCUCAACCAAGAGGUUCACCCCGUCUCAGACGACCCUGCUAGGCCAGUAGUUUAGCCCCAACAGUGCGACAAAAGCAGAAAUGAAAGGCUCAAGCUCAGAAAAAAACGAUGAUGCUUGACAUGCUUGAUUGAAUGCUCGACAUGGACCAAAAUAACUCAUGACUGCCCUGCAUAAAAAAACUACAACUGAGGCUGCUUUAAAGAUAUGUGAGGGGCAGUCUGCAGUGAAAGAGAAUGAAGCAGAGAUGAGAAACAGACAGCAACAAGACAACCUGGACAUUCCCAAGCAAGACAAAGGUGGAAUGACUGUCCACCCUGAGGGGCCACAUAAAAAGCCAAACAGAGAGGAUGGAGGUAUUUUUCCAAUUGAGGAGCUCAGUCUAGAGCAAACAGUUGGGGCACGGUUAAAGUGUCUGCAAACGGAGGACAGCAUACAAGAUACAACCUGUCAAGUACAAGAACAUUUACAGGUGUUCACCCUGGAAGGGUCAGUAUUGCCAACUGAGAACAGCGUGCAAGAUGCCACCUGUCCAGUAGGGGAACAAAUACAGAAGCAAAGGCUGGAAGAGUCAGUCAUGCCAGAUGAAAUUGUAGCGCAAAUAAUUGAGUGCUGGGAUGAAUAUGCAGCUUCCACAGCUGAUGGCAGUGAGGGAAGCAGUUCUCACCUGGUAUUUGAUCUCAGCGAACAACACAAUACACAAACUGGCUGGCACUUUCCUGCAGGACCUGGCCUGGCAGAAGAGGUGCACUGCCCACUGCGGCAGUUUCCUGCUUUGAGCUCUUACCCUCCAUUAGAACAGCCAUUUGAGGUCGUGUGGAGAGUAUGGCGGAAGGUAGAAGAGAGUAUUACCGCAGCAGAGCCCACCUUACUACCCUUCCCAUUUACAAAGUCCUCGAUGGACUUCACUGCCAUGUCCUACAACAUCAUGGCUCAGGACCUGCUGGAGGCCAACAGGGAGCUGUACACACACUGCCCCCUGGAGGUGCUGGACUGGAGCUACCGCUGCACCCUGCUCCUAGAGGAAAUAGAGAAAUGGGCACCAGAUAUUUUGUGUCUCCAAGAAGUUCAGGAGAACCACUACCAUGAACAGCUGCAUCCUGCCCUGUCUCAGAUGGGCUACACUUGUGUGUACAAGCGACGUACGGGGACCAAAACAGAUGGCUGUGCUAUAUGCUAUCGUAACAGUUGCUUCUCUGUGAUGUCACUGUCCCAGCUGGAGUUCUACAGACCCGAGACAGAGGUGCUGGACCGGCACAACGUGGGGAUUGUUUUGCUGCUACGACCAGUAGUCAGCCAGGAGGCCAAGAUCCAGUUACAGGGCUCACCCCUGUGCGUGGCCAACACCCAUCUGCUCUUCAACCCCAGGAGGGGUGACGUGAAGCUGGCUCAAUUAGCCAUAAUGCUGGCAGAGAUAGACAGCAUGGUCAGAUUCUGUAAGGCCAAAGGUGAACAGUGUAAUGUUAUUUUGUGUGGGGACUUUAACUCUGUACCACACAUGCCUCUGUACCAGCUCAUCACCACUGGUGAGCUCUACUACCAGGGUCUACCAGCAUGGAUGAUAUCAGGUCAAGAGGAUCUGUCAUACAAAACCCAUUGUUCCAGACUGUUUGCGCCCCUGUGGCCCAGCUCUCUGGGCAUCACUGACAACUGCCAGUACACUACUGCCAAGGACAAGUUUCAAAAGCAGAAUGCAGAAACAGGGAAGUGUCAGUACAGCCACGACUUCAUGCUGCAGCUGCACUGUUGUCCAGCUGCAUGCGUUCGUCCUCAGAACCUGGUGCUGAUCCCGGGAGUGACUGAUAAUACGCCGGAUGCUUCAAGAAGAAAUCAACCUUAUGAUAAAAGGUUCAGACACACUAUCAGUCAUCAGUUAGACCUGGAGUCGGUCUAUAAACACAUCCUUCCAGGCUCUGGCCCUUCAGAAGUCACAACUCUGAACUCUGAAGUGGGAGCCACCGUCGACUACAUGUUCUACUCCCCAAGACGCUUCUUAACCUCUGAUCACCAAGCUGGUGGCAACAUCAUGAGUGGAGGUCUGAAGCUGACUGGUUGUCUGUCCCUUCUAUCAGAGGAUGUCUUAUGGUCAAUGAAUGGCCUUCCCAAUCACAUAUUCCCCUCUGACCAUCUUAGUCUUGUGGCCAAAUUCCAGCUGGACUUGAGUAUUUCAUGCUAGGAAACACUGGCUGAACUCAGUAAGAGGACAAGCAUAUUUCUCUUUGGGUCUUGCUCUGAAAACAUGGUGUUUUGUUUUUGUUAGUAUGAAUACCAUCACUUGUGGUUCACUCCUGGCAACGGGAUCAUGGUUUUCUAAUUGAAUAGAAGUUAAUAUUUUUUGUUCAAAUGAGCCAGGAAACAUAACGGAUGCCAAUAUUUUCUCUCUUUCCACAAGAUUUUCACCAGAUAAAUGAUUCAGAAUUAAGACUGAGAUGUAACAAAUCUUCUUGAUGAUGCUUCAGUAGUUCAUUUAAAAGCUGUGACUUCUUUCAUUCCUAUGGGUGUUAUAAUACACUGACCCAUUCAUUUGGCUGUUGAUGACUGCUGUAUUGUUUUGAAAUUUUGUUUAAAAUGAGAAGUAGAUUUUUCUGAGUGUGAGGCAGUUAUAGGUUUUUCAGAUGAUAAAACCGAUUUUUCAUUAA